AUUCCCCAGCAGAGGUUAGGUUUUUCCCUGUUUUCCGACUUUGGAUGGAAGUCGGUGAAAUUUUGGUAUUUUCUAUUAAAAACUUAGUAUAAGUGAUAUUCUCUCUGAAAAAUCUGUCUCCGCACGAGUUCAUUAGCUGAACCAGAUGUGUUUGAACCGUGAAUCGCAUUAUUAGUCAAAUUAAAUAUGCAUUCUUUCCUAAGCCGGGGUAACGCGAUAAUCGCGUACUCAUUGAGUGUUUUAGCACUAUUAACUUUCUUCUGCUUCCUCUCAACAGAAUUCCUAGAUUACCGAGCAAAAGCUAAAAUCAGCACACCGAAGAUACUUGUAAAAAAUGUUCCUGAUUAUAGUGCAUCCAGGAGAGAAAACGAUUUAGGGUACCUGACGUUUGAUCUUCAAGCUGAUCUGACACCUUUAUUCAAUUGGAAUGUAAAACAGUUAUUUUUAUAUCUCUCAGCGGAGUAUUCUACACCAAAUAAUGCUUUAAAUCAGGUAGUACUAUGGGACAAAAUUAUUCUCAGAGGUGAAAAUGCGCUCCUUGAUUUUAAAAAUAUGAACAUAAAAUAUUACUUUUGGGAUGAUGGUCAUGGACUAAAAGGAAAUCCCAACGUUACCCUAACCUUGUCAUGGAACAUCAUACCCAAUGCUGGGAGACUGCCCAUUAUUCAGUCAAUUGGAUCUCACUCAUUUAAGUUCCCGUCUGAGUACACAACUGACAGACUUUAAUUUGUUACUCUUUUCUUUCUCUCUUUUGUCUCAAUCUUCAACUUCCCCUGUAAUUACCUCCCUAUCCUAAUAUUUUUUCAGUUAGAUAAUUUUCUUCUUUUAUAAGGUGUUUUUUUAUAAUUCUAGGCGUGUCUUUUGUUUUAAUUUCUCCAACUUUUAAACUAGGCAUUUCAAUAUUUCUAUGAGUGAAUUUUUUUUAGUGUAAAUCUUUUGACUUUCUGAGUGUAUGAAUUGUGGAUGAAUCUUGUUCUGCUGAGGAAACGUAAAUAAACAGUGAUGAAAGUAUU